CCCACUGACUGUCUGUCCCGGCCCCACUGACUGUCUGUCUAUCUACCCCGUCUGUACCGUCCCGCCGUCUGACUGUCUACCUGCCCAGCCCGCCAGGCGCCGGCCACCGACCCGCUUAGUGGAGCAAAAUGGCUGAAUGCAAAUCCAAAUCAGUAAGAGGAGCGGCGAAGAGUGACCGGGCAAAGGAGAAAGGAGCCAAACACCACGUGUCUGAUUCAAACGGCACCCCUGAUGGGGAUGCUGCUGCACCCCAAGAACUCAGUUCCCUGGAAGAGGCCUUCAGGAAAUUUGCUAUUCUUGGAGACACACGAGCCAUGGGCAGAGAUAUGAACGGCAAAAAUUGGUCAAAAUUGUGUAAGGACUGUAACAUCACAGAUGGAAGGAACGUGACGAUCACGGAUGUUGACAUUAUGUUUUCCAAAGUCAAGCCAAAGUCUUUUAGGACGAUCAACUUUGAUCAAUUUAAAGAUGCCCUUCAAGAGCUCGCACAGAAGAGGUUCAAAGGGAAAAACGAAGAGGAGGCAAUCCAAGAGCUUCACAAGUUGAUAGAAGGAAACUCCCCCGUGAUAUCAGGGGUUACGAAAUCUGUACUAUCUCCUGCACUGACUCGACUCACCGACACCUCAAAGUUUACCGGCUCCCACAAGGAAAGGUUCGAUCAGAGCGGGAGAGGCCGAGGGAAAGCGGGACGGGAAUACCUGGUUCAUGAUACCGGCUACGUGGUGGGAUACAAACAUGCAGGAACGUAUGACCAAAAAGUAAAAGGAGCAAAACAGAAUUAAAUUAUUUUAACCAAAGGCACCGAUUCCACAACAAAUGUUCCUACUCUCACAAUGCCCUUGCCUGUAAGAAUCAGAAGUAGGAACCAAAUCAUUGUUCAUUUCAACUUAUCUCCUGUUGGCACGGAAAAUUGGCACCUCCUCUCACCACCUUGCCUUGGAUGGUUCUGAGAAUCUUUCAUCUUUUUACAAUGACUCGCAGGGAACAAAUGCAUGUAUUACUGUGAAAGGUGUGAAUAUCCUGAUUAAAAUGUCCAAUCUUCAAAUGGACACCUGCAGAUAAGUGUCACAAGGAAUGUUGUCACCAUUUCAUUUUGAUGCAGUCCACCUAAAACAACAGUGAGAAUUCAAUGUAUUUCCAUGUUGACAUCUGGAACUGCUGCUGUGGCUUGAAAUAGAUGUUAGUGGACACUGCAAAACUGCUUUGUGUUACUAAAUGCCCUUUGAAAAGUGCUUAAAUGAAACAAUGGAAAGGAAUGUACAAGGGACUGAAAGAGAAAAAAAUGUUUUUGCAGAUAAAUGUGUAGGAUUCAAAGAACAUUUCUUGCCCAAGGGGAUUAACCUGCCCAAUUAAUUUCAGUGAUGUACAAUGCUCUUCUGAUAUGUCUUCCUUCUGAUCUAUUAAGAAUCCUUUCACUUCGAGAUGUUGGAUGCAUGAUUUUGACCCGAACCAUCGACCAUUUCUUUCCAACCACGGAUGCUGUUCAACAAAUGGGGAUUCAAGGAACUGCAGAUGCUGGUUCACAAACAAAAAAGACACAAAGUGCUAGAGUUACUCCAGAACUUUGUCUUUCUUUCCUCCAAACAGAUUGUUUGUUGCAAUGAAAAGGACUAGUCUGUUGUGAUCAGAAAAGCAGACUUUGAAAGGAUGGAAACAUGGAAGAGUAAUACAAAUGUUGGUCUUCACGCAUCUGAGGUUUGUCCUCUGGCUUACUGUACAAGAUUAAUUUCACAGUCGCUGAAUGACUUUCUCUAAAGGGAAAAUACAUAAAUGUUAAUAAGUCAUCUGUAAUCAUCACAAGUCUCUGAUAGAUAACACUUGCAUCCCUUAAUGAUGUGUGUGAUUGAAACGAGGUGGGAUUCUUUCGUUGAUGUGCCACAAAAGAAACACACCCCUGUAAAACCUUCAGUAAAAUCUAUUUUGACACGAAUGUCUGCUGUUUGCAGCAAGCAGGAUUGGAACCAGUGCAGUGGGAAAUGCAUUUGACAUGCAUAGACCCCAGAGGAAAGAAAUGAAAUGUAGUUAGUAGCAAGAUGAGAAAUAUUGGCAAUAUGUAGAUAAAGUCCUUCAAGAGUUGAGCGAAAAUAAUGAGGGGGGGUACAGAUGAUUCAUUCACACCCUUAAUCCCGUCACUCUGCAUAUCAUAAUACUUUUCUGCUUUUGAAUGGGAUAAGAGAUUUGCAGUGGUUUUAAUCAUUCUUGAAAUGUUUGAGAUGUCAAGUUGGAUACUGAUGCUACUGAUCUUUGCACAUGUGAAAAUAGAUGAUUAUGGAUCUAAAUCAACUACUGCUUUUUUUGUGCACCAGACUUCUGCAAGUUAAAUAUAAGUAUAUUUUGCCUAUGCCCUUGGCUUAUUUAGUUCUUGAGAUGAUAUCAAUAAUCUAAAAUAACAAUACUGAAAUCCAUCGAACAGAGAUUGUCUUAGAGGUGGAGUUAUUGUGUAUAUAUUGGCAGCGUGGCUCACUGGCCUUGUAAAGAGGAAUUACAAAUAGUCACAAAAAAAUGCUGGAGAAACUCAGCGGGUGCAGCAGCAUCUGUGGAGCGAAGGAAAUAGGUAACG